AUGGCAGCUAUAGAUGCUCCAGAAUAUAUUGUGGUUAAAGAUCAUCUCGCUGAUGUUAUUGAUUUAUUAGCUGGGAAUGCUCCAGUCAUUACACAAUUUUCAAACCACCUCUUCUCAUCUGGUCUCAUUCCUAAAGAGGUACAUCUCAAUCCGAAGAGCAGUCCUUUAGAUAGAGCCACCCAGCUUAUUAAUUCAGUGUCUUGUACAAUUGGAGCUCAUUCUGAUCCUAACAGUGUCUUCCAUGGGCUUGUUUCUUCAUUGCAAAAAGUUGAACUCACUGAUAUGGCAAGAAAACUUCAGCAAAGCCUUGGAGGAAUAAGUCACUCUCAGGUAGUUGUGCCAUUAGCAGCUGUAGACCAAUCACCAACUGUAAUUCAGCUCAGCUCUAAAGACGAAGUAGCAAGAAACAUUGACAAACUUUAUGAUCAGUUUACUGAUCUUGUUACAGAUCUUAGAACUCAAUUUGAAGAAUUAAUAUCUGAAGGUAAAAUAAAGCUAAUACAAGUUACUCGACAAGCUGCUGACUAUUUAAGAAGAAGAGUGACAAGCUUACAAGUAAAUAGCAUUGAUGAAUUGUUUGAUUCUCUUCGGCCACAUUGUGAUUUUCUCAACUGUAGCUUGCUUAGAAAGCUCACAAAUAAGUUUCUUGCUGGUGAUGAAUUGCAGUUGUCAUUGUCACAGUACAUUGAUAAGAUGGAUAAGCUGUUAGAAUCAUCCCAAUUGAAGCACAUUCGAUCAACUGUCAAAGAAAGGUUAUCGUUUUUACCGGCACCAACUACUAGUGAACACACUGUGCUUAUCAUUUUUAAGCUGCAUGAUAGAUGGGAAGAAAUGACUUUAGAAAAUUUCAAGAGAGUCCUUAUUCAUUACUUUGGAUCAAAUGCUGAUCUCUUCAGCCACAUUUAUUUUGAUUAUGGAUCACUCAUUGUUAAGAUGCUGAUACCAACUUCAAUCUUCCAAUCAGUAAAAGAUGUACUUAUUGCCAGGAGGAGCUCAAUGAAUAGAAUUGGAAUUUUUGAAGUUGUUAUUAGACCUAUUAGUGGAGAGAUGGAGUUUAACAUCGAUGAUGCUAUUGAUUUUGAGCAGUCACUAAUGGAUUCAGUUAAAGAAAAUGAUGACUUUGACGCAAUAAUGCUACUAAAGUUAGGAGCUGAUCAUUACAGUAUAAGUGCAAAUGCUUAUAACCAGCUUUCCAUGAUUGACAUUGAUCUACCACUAACUCAAGAAACUAAUCUUAAUGAAAGAAAUGAAAUACCAGGUACUAAGUACGGCCAGCUCAGUAGGUCCACAAGCCAAUCUAGCCAAGGUAAGCAAUCAGUCAGUAAAAAUGGUUUGGUCAAUUUUGGUAUAUGCAUUAUUGAUGAGAUUAUUAAAGUCAAUUACUUCUUUGUACUAAUUUUUCUUCACAAGUUAUAGUAGAUGCUUAUAAUGCAAGACUAAACAGAGUAUUCUACAUUAUUUUUCCUGCAAUAAUUAUUUAUUGGUUUGUUAACAAUGCUGGCACAAAACUUAUGGAAGAUCUUUUUGUUUUUGCUGUAAGCUCUUGUGUGGGUGGUUCAUUUGGAGCAUUUGUUGGGACAGAAGUUUUUGACAAAUAUAAAUCUGUCAGGCAUAAUGCCUUUCACCCUGGUAGAAUCACUAAUAGGAGGGUCAUUAUAGACAGUGUGUGUCAAUUUCUUGGUAUAGGAGGAAUAUAUGUCAUAUUCAGUGGUGCUCUAAUUUAUACUUCUUACUUCUUUGAUGUUACACAAUACAUACCUAUUUUCAUUGGAUCAAUAACUGGAGCAGUAUAUACUAUGACAACAGCUCCAGAACCCAAACCUAUCCAAUCAAAUUAUUUUCACUGCUCAAGUAAUCCUUUUAAGCAUAUAUUUCGCUAUUGUUUUGGAGUAUUUACUGGUUUAAUGGCUGGAAUAGUAACUGGAGCAGUAGUUGGAUCAUUUGGAAUUCUUAAUACAGAUAUCAUUUCAUAUAAGCAUGUUAAAAUUACAGUAUUUGUUAUGGGGGGAUUACUUGUAGCUUUUGCUGGUUAUAGGUAUUAUUGUUUUGUAAGUAAAA